AUGGCUUCCAAAUUCCUGCGAGAAUACAAGCUCGUCGUCGUCGGUGGCGGCGGUGUUGGCAAGAGUUGCCUGACCAUCCAGCUCAUACAWUCCCAUUUCGUCGACGAAUACGACCCCACCAUCGAAGACUCAUACCGCAAGCAGUGCGUCAUCGACGAGGAGGUUGCGCUUCUGGAUGUGCUCGAUACCGCCGGCCAGGAGGAGUACUCGGCUAUGCGCGAGCAGUACAUGCGAACCGGCGAGGGCUUCCUACUAGUCUACAGCAUCACAUCACGACAGAGCUUCGAGGAGAUUGUCACCUUCCAACAGCAAAUACUGCGCGUCAAGGACAAGGACUAUUUCCCCAUAAUCGUCGUCGGAAACAAGUGCGACCUGGAACACGAGCGACAAGUGAGCACAGAAGAGGGUCGCGAUCUCGCGCGUUCUUUCGGCUGCACAUUCAUCGAGACCUCUGCCAAAUCACGCAUCAACGUCGACAACGCCUUCUUCGACAUCGUACGCGAGAUCCGGAAGUACAACAAGGACAUGUCGGGAUAUCCCAGCGGCGGCGGCAACGGCAGCAAGCCAAAAGACGAAAUGGGCUUCCAAGAUCAGGAGAGCGAGGCAGGUUGCUGUGGGAAGUGUGUGGUGAUGUAG